AUGGCAGUCUCUAAACAACCUGCCAUCACUCCAGAAACUUCGAGUGGAGAAGGACUGGAUGAAGAACCUACUUCAAGAGGAGAAGCUAAAUGGAAGCGUUUUCAUCCCCUUCGAGUAGUACGGAAAAUUUUCCGACGAAGAGUUAAGAGGGAUCCAACAGUUGCUUCAGACACAUCAAAAAAGUCCUGGUCAACUAGCGAGCUUCAAAGUGUUCAAGAUGAUAAUGUCGGGAAAUGUGAUGUUACAUCGCCCUUGAAAUUAGGACUAAGUGUAUCCCAUGAUAGCAUUUUCUCGCCUGAAAGCAAUGCAAAUGUUGGCAGUGAAGAAAUAGAUGUUCCUCGUGGCUCAUCCCUAUCGGUGCGACAUACAUCUAUGAAAAAUAUGUUUAAGGACGAACUUUUUACAAGAAUUCGAGCAAGGAGAGAUUCUGAUGAUGAUGAUGAUGAUGUUGGAUUACCUCAUAGUCCUUGUACUAGUCCCACAACUGUUGAUGUUCUUUCACAUGGUUUUAAAGAAAAAUCAACAAAAUCACACUCAAGUUACAGCGCUGGUAGUUUAAUAAGUAUGGGAAGCUCAGAAAAUGAUGAUGAUUCAGCAGGUCAUUCUUCUGGUCAUUCAUCACGAAUGUCGCUAUUAGACAGAAGAUCUUUAGAUUCAGAAGGUGAACCAGAACUCAGUCAGUCUGUGCCCCUAAAUCAUAAUGCCGCACAUCAUAAAAUUGCCGUUCGUCCCAAGCGAACAUAUGGUCUUCCAAGAAGACGCAUGAAUCAGAUUGCUGCAGCAAAAGUUAACCCUCUUCCCUCAACACCCGAAGUCACAGAAGAUCACACUAAAAGCUUUUCUGAAUUCAAUACUGCUGAAACCAUUAAAGCUGAAUAUUCAUCUACUUUCAUAAAAGAGUCAUCUGAUUCAGGACAGUCAGAGUUUCACCUAUCCUCUCAUAUGGAGUCUUCAUAUACAUGCAAGGAAAUUACUGCCAUUUCUAAAGAAAGCAAAGUGGAACAGAUAAAUGAGGAUUUGUUUUCAGAAACUUCUCAUGCAAUAGCAAGUAAACGAAGCGCAGAUGCCAAAACCUUCAGUGAAGCAUUUCACAAUGGCCUUAAAGCUCCAACUCCUAACAUUGUGAGUAAACAGGAAGUGGAAGUCACGUACACACAUAAAGCAGAAAAUGUUUCAGAAUACCUAACACAGAAUGCUUCUUGCAGAAUGAGUGGAUUGACACAAAACUUUUCAAAUAAGUGCCAUGAUGAACCUGAUCCCUUAGAAAGUUUUAAACUAGUUAAAAAUAGCCUUCAAGAAGAAAAAAGUGAUAUUGUUGAUAAUUUAGGUUUUAAUCAAAGUGAGACAAAUAUUAGUGUUUCAUCUCUUGUAAAAAACAUAGAGCAAUCAGACACUUUUAAAACUUCUGAAAGCACACAAAAGCAGGAUGAAAGUAAGUCAGAGUCUAGAAACACUAACUAUAUGCAUGAAACCAACUCAAUUAACAAACCUGACAUUCGUGAAGAAGAAAAGUUCUCUGUGAAACAAAAAAGUGAAUGUAUUCAGGAAACUGAGCAAAAUAUUGAAAGGAAAAUGUAUGAACAUAGAGUCGUUACCAAACAAGAUGAACUUAAGGCAAUCACUAAAGAAUGUUUUGUGGAUACCAUGAAAAAAGCUACUGUUGCUGAAAAGUUGGAUGUAGAUAGUGAAUUCAUUUUAAAGCCAAUACGAAAAGACAUGAAACAAGAAGUUGAACCCGACUUAACAAAGGAAACUGCAAUAGAGAGACAAGAAGAGAAUUUAUCUCAUUGUCUUGAAGAGGAAAGUAUAAUGAGCAACAAAUCAUUAAAAACAGGACUGGAAGAAAGUCGCAUAUUUAUUUCUCAUCAUUCUUCUUUUGACAGUGAUUUAAAAGAUAUGCUAGUCACUGAAACUCAUAACUUUGCAACUGUAGAGGACAAAAGUGGAAUAUCAGUUCAGACACCUGGGGAUAGAACUAGUGAUACAAGAAAAAGUUUAUCUGAGCAUUUUAUAAGUGCUGUAGGCAUUUCAACAUCCACAACACCUAUUACUGAUGUCACUGUGAGCUCCACAUCAACGCUUUGUGAUAAUAAAUUGAUGGAAGACAAAAUUACAAUUUCUGUCAAUUCAAAACCUAAGCAGAGCUCUCAUAGAAAAGAUAGUAUUAAAAGCAUUAAGUCAGAAGCUGUAGAUUCACAGAUACCGAAGCUGUCUGAAAAAUUAAAUCAAGAUAAAGUGCAUGCAAAAGAGAAAAAUUUCAAACCUUCCUUAAAAUCUCACUUACCUGAGGUUAAUUCUAGUUCAUCUCACACAAAAACAUUAAAUUCACAGAAGCGAGUUUCAGUUGAAAUUGUUCCUUUCAGCCAAAGAAUGAAAGAACGAAAAUAUCAACCAAUUUCUUUUGCUAAUAAAGAAAGUCCUGAUAUUGCUAAAAAGAAUACAGCUGUGUCAAUUGAAAGAAAACUUUCUGAUCGUAAAGUAACUACUAAAAACAAAGAAUUAGAUAAAUCAAAUAAUCGACAUUCCUUUUCUGGGGCCUUGACAACAGAAAGUAAAAGAGAAGGGGAUUGUGCAAUUGCUAAGAAAAUAACCAAGACUGAAAAUGUUCAAUAUCCUGUUCAAAUUCGAAUACAUAAAACAGUUCCUAAACCAGAGAUUAAAGAAAAAACUUUGUCUGAUUCCAAUGUCUUGAAGGAAGUAAAAAAUACUUCUUCAGAAGUAAAAUUUCAAAUGCAAUCUUCUAAGUUAUCUCAAACUGAAAUGAAAGCUACUAAAGAUGAAAAAAGGAUUGUUGAAAACACUGCUAAAUGGGAAAUUAAAAUUCAGCCAUCUGUAUCUCCUCAUUCUACUCCAUAUUCUGUGGAAAAUGAUGAAAGCAGCCCAUUGGUGUCUGAAAAUAGUGUGUCACCAGUGAAUGAAAUGCAGAAGCUUCACUUUAUAGGAAAUGAAAAUAAGGAUCAAUUAAACCUAGACCAAUCUAAUUCUAUUAAAAAUCAAGAUAACUCUAAUUGGAAAUCUCCAAAGGAGAGUCCAGCUGUUUUAUCUGAUGAUCCUGAACCUGAACUUCUUAGAGUAUUUGCUAGGCGCUCUAUAAAACAAAAGCAUUGUGAUAAAGAAAAGAAUGAAGAGAAAAGUGAUAAAUGUAUUUCUGAUACAGCUAGCAAUUUAACGACUACAGAGAAAGGGGAGGAAAGUAGUGAAAUGAUAAGCAUCUCUCACAAUAGUACAGUGAUUAAAAUCUCUGAAAUUUCAAAACCACAUAUCAUGAAACCGGACUUAAAGAAAAAGUCUAAGUCUUUCUGUGAAAAAGACAAAGUAGCUCCUCGAGCUGUGUCACCAUUAAAAGAAAUGAACUUGAUACGGAAGGAACUACCUGCUAAAGUAACUGCCACUGAUUCUUCAAAUAUUAGUGAAACUGUACAUCCACGUCAAAGAUUAGCCAGUGUUCCUGAUCUUCCAGUCACUUUGCCACCUGAUACUGAGCGACGAGGCUCAUCUAAAAGUUCCCAAUAUGAAUCCAGCAAUGAAAGCACCCCUCCACCAUCUAUAAAAGAUGAGGUUCUUCAUAAAACAAGUUCUGUUUGCACAUCGACCCAAAUGACAUCAAUGAAUGGUAGUUUUACUAGCUUAGGAGGGGUUAAAGAAAAUCAAGAAAUUCUUGGAAAUAAAGAUGCACAUGCUCCUUCUUGGUUACAACUAGCCCAACAGCGUCGUGAACUAAGAGAACAACGUGAAAGACUUCUUUUAGGUGGCUCUCCAAAUUCAUUCAUGGAUGCUUCCAAUAAGCCAUCUCGGUCCUCUAAAGUAUGGGAUAUGGUGAACAACUUUCAAAAACUUCAGAUGACUUAAACAGAAGAUAACUAAUUUUUACUUAACUAUUAUGCUAUAAGCUCAGCAAUGUAUAACUGUACAGUUAAGAAAUGACUGCUGCUUUUGACUUUAAUGUUAUGAUUGUGUGUUUUUGCAAUUUAAUACUAUGUAAAUGUCUAUCACGUGAUUAUUCAGUGAAGUAAAUCUGUAUAAUGUUUUAUCAUGCAAGUAUUACAUUAACAUCUUUAUGCAUGCCAAGGCCUAACCUGUAACAUAUUAUGAAAUGUUAACUGAUGACUUCAUAGUAAAAUUAGAAAAACAAAAAAUUGAAGUGGCAUUAAGGAAAUCAUUUUUAUAUAAGUAUCACAUUUAAGAUUUUCACAUACAUUUUUCUAUUGCAUGUUACAAAUUUUAAAAAAAAUAUUUCCUUUUGUAUAGAAAGGAUUCUUUUGCUAAAAGUGUAUUUGUGAUUUAAAUGUUUGGAUUAUUAUUAAAAUUCUACAUAGAUUUGAAAUGUCCGUUGUGAGAACAUCCAAAUUUUAAAUCUUGCUUUUGUAAGGUUUGUUUUAGCCACCUUCAAACAAUGUUUGCUAUUAAUGCAUUUUCUGCAGAAAAUCGUUUGCGAUGAUUGCUUCCAGUUCAAACUACAUUUCAUGGCAGUGUUUAAUUUGAAGUAAAUAUCAGCAUAAUGAAUAGACAAAAUACUUUUAGGCAGCAAAAACAUUGAUGUAUCUUACUG